AUGGAAUUUAAGAAUGAUAUUCCUACAAAAGAAGACAUAGAUUUUAUAGUUGAUGAUGGUUAUAAUCAUGAUGAGAACCCAACAUAUGAGCCUAAAGAUUCUUACUCAUCAGAUGAUGAUAGAUAUGUUGUUACUGGUAAAGAGUUUAAAAAACUAACCAAUAAAGCUAAGAAACUUGGUGCUGAAUCGUUUGAUUAUUCAACUCGCAAAAAUAACAAAUAUGUAACAACACUUUCAAGUGGAAAGAAAAUACAUUUUGGUUCUUCACAAUAUCCAGAUUUUUUAAUUCAUAAAGACAAAGAGCGAAGAGAGAGGUAUCUCGCUCGAGCAAAAAAGAUGAAAAAUAAACAGGGAGAGUUAACUUAUACUAAUCCUGAAUCGGCUAAUUUCUGGAGCGUGAAUCUACUAUGGCCAGAAAAAAAAUGA